AGCCACGUACUGAAGGAAGGAAGGAAGUACAUAGCUCUACCACAGCUACCAACAUACUGACCAAUCAACAAGAAGUGUUCGUUAUUUUGAAAAGAUGAAGAAGUAAGGUUCCAUGUUUCGUCGGUCUUGGCAAAGUCAGUUUGACCGAAGUGUUUUCGAAUAGUUGUAUUCAGCAUAGUAUUAUCCUGAAUAGCAAUUUAUAUGAAGUAAUACAUUGUGUGAACUUAGUAUAAAAUUCGUGUGUGUGUAAACAAUUUAUAAAUUGAUGGUAAAAGGGCCAUUGAAAGUACAGGCCUGAAAUCAUAGAGAGAGAGAGAGAAAUUUAUAAACUGACGUUCAACAUUUGAAAGAUAUUAACGGUCUAUUAUUGCAAAACGAGGCUAAAAUAAAAUACACAAUGGAUAAAGAAAAUAACAGGACAUGCCAUCAGUCAUCUUCACAAAUGUUGAAAGUUAGCAAUUUUAAACACUUAAGUAUUUCUGAUACUGAACAAAGUGAUAAUAACAUCGCGAAGAAAGAAGUCCAAUGCGAUGAAGACCAGAAAGUUGAUAGUACAACUGUAGAUGAUGCAAAUACAGAAAACCAAAGCCGCAAGAAAUGGACAUUGAUGGAUUUUGAUAUUGGCCGCCCUUUAGGAAAAGGAAAAUUCGGCAAUGUAUACUUAGCUAGAGAAAAAAAAUCCAAAUUUAUAAUAGCUAUGAAGGUGCUUUAUAGAGUACAGAUAGAUAAAGCAAAUAUCAUGCAUCAAGUACGAAGAGAAAUAGAAAUUCAAAUCCACUUAAGACACCCAAAUAUUUUGAGAUUGUAUGGAUAUUUCUAUGAUGACAAGCGAAUUUAUUUAAUAUUAGAAUAUGCACAAAAAGGAGAACUUUAUAAAGAACUGCAUAGCCAACCCAACAAACGGUUUGAUGAACAAAGAACAGCCACUUACAUGGCGCAAUUAGCAGAUGCAUUAAAAUACUGUCAUAGUAAGAAAGUUAUCCACCGUGACAUUAAACCUGAGAAUUUACUUCUUGGAGCAUAUGGUGAAUUAAAGAUAGCUGAUUUUGGGUGGUCUGUACACGCUCCUUCUUCUCGAAGGGAUACUUUAUGUGGCACUUUAGAUUAUCUGCCCCCAGAGAUGGUAUCUGGCAAAACACAUAAUCAUACUGUUGAUUUUUGGAGUGUUGGCGUACUAUGUUACGAGUGUUUGGUUGGUCAACCUCCCUUCUAUGCAAAAAGUAAUGAUGAAACUUAUAUGAACAUCACAAAGUUGCGAUAUACAUUCCCGAGUUUUGUCAGCGAAGGUGCGAGAGACUUAAUCUCUAAGCUUAUAGUUGUCGACCCGGAAAAGAGAUUGGAUAUGGAUGGCGUCCUUGUACAUCCUUGGAUCGUAAAAAAUCGUAAAACAGAUAAGGCGUGAGAUACAUGACGAUAUAUGUUCUUAGUAAAAUUAGGCCAAUGUUAACAUAUUUUAUAAAUCUAUUGCAAUACUGACUUCUCUGAACAAACACCAGAAUAUCAAUAAUUAAUAACUGCCAUAGACUAUCCAUAUAUUAUCCUAAUUAUGUAUUUAACAUUUUCUUUUAUAUAUAAAAAUAGUCCCUUAGUUAAAUUUUCUUUUAUAUAUAAAAAUGGUCUUGGGAUUCAUGUUUAAUAGAUAAUAGCUUUUCUUAGGCUAAGAAUGAAUUUGCUCAUGCUAUAAUGUACUUAGUUGGCUGCACUAAUUCACUCUAAUGCUUGGCUAGUAUACAUUAGCAGGAAAUAAUGCAGGCAACUAAAUUCAUCAUGUCUUAAAAUGCGGCCUUUAUAUAGUUUCGCGAUAUUUUAAUUACUCUCUAUUUUAUUUAAACAACUCUAUUUUAGCGAAGUAGACAUCAAUUGUAACUGUCGAUAAGUCAAAUGUAUGUGAAUACGCGGUCUGUAUGAGAUGAUAUAUUAAAUAAUAUUGAAUGAUGUAGGAGAAAUUUUUGUAAAAUCUUAUUUUAAGAUAUAUCGCGCGCUCGAUCGAAUUUGCAUACGUAAUAAAAAAAGAAAAAAAAAAGAAAUAAA